GAGCGGUAAGUUUGUUGCACUGUGUUCCUAUUUCAGAUUAUUCUCGAGUCGUCUGUCUUCUAUCACCUGCUGACACUCUUGAAGAGCAACCAAUCUCCUCUACAAUGCCUGGUAUACUUUAUUGUCUUUUCUGGUUUUACUUCCUUGCGGUCACCUGGUUCUUCUGGAGUUCGGUAGUGUCGGCAUGUUUCAAAAUCCAGAUUAUCCAACACUUGUAUAUUUCUAUGUUGGAUAGACUGUUUUCCUACGCCGCCUCGGCUGUCACAGUAAAAGACGACAUUAAAAGAAUAAGGAGUGUUGACAGUUUUGAAAACCUUGAUACGUAUGAUGAUGAUUUGAUUGAAAGGGACAUUCAACUAACUGAAGGAGGUGUAAAGGUUAAAAAUCAUCUUGUUCCAGAUCAAAAAGGAUUCAGAUUAUACUACCCAACCUACUUAGUUAAAUGUGGGAUAGAGGCUAUUAUAGAAGAUUCUGUCACCAAGAGAUUCACAGCUGCGGAGUUAAGAGUAUGGAAUUUCUUGAGUCGCAACCAGAGUUAUGUAUAUGCCAAGAGAGAUAACCAUACCACCCUAAUGAUGCUAUGGCUUGUGGGCCUCAUUGUUCGCUAUGUAAUAUUCCUGCCGUGCAGACUUGUUGUUUUCCUCUCCUCAGUUUUCUUAACAUGGAUUUUAGGCGCUGUGGCUCGGAAGCUUCCUCCUUCACGGUUUAAAAACUGGUUAUCCACCGAAGGAAUCCAGGCAGCCGUACGGCUUAAUUUGUGUUCAUUCUCCGCUGUUAUUCGUUUCCACAACAGAGAAAACCGCCCUAAAGCAAAUACAAUUUGUGUCGCCAACCACACGACACCGUUCGAUUGGUGCAUUCUGGCCUCAGACGUUACCUACGCUGUUGUUGGGCAAAAGCAUGGAGGAUUUUUUGGUUUUGCUGAACGGGUAAUCUCGUGUGCUGUGCCUGCCGUUUGGUUUGAUCGUGAGGAAAUUUUAGAUCGUCUUUCUACAGCUAAAAGGUUAAAAAACCACGCAGCUACACCGAAUGCUGAACCUAUUCUAAUUUUUCCAGAAGGUACUUGUAUCAAUAAUACAUCAGUCAUGAAAUUCAAGAAAGGUUGUUUUGAAGUGGGCGCUGAAAUUCAUCCUGUUGCAAUCAGAUACAAUCCAUUAUUCGCUGACUGUUUUUGGAACAGCAGCCUAGAUAGUUUAUUCCAGUACAGUUUAAAAAUAAUGACAUCAUGGGCUAUUAUGGUAGAUGUUUGGUAUUUACCACCCACUAGAAAAUCAGAUCAAGAAGAUUCAAUUGCAUUUGCAAGACGUGUACAGUAUAGUAUUGCACAAUGUGGCGGUAUGAUUGGAAUGGAUUGGGAUGGUGAAUUAAAACGAAACAGACCAAAAGACACAUUGAAACAUGCACAACAAAAAUAUGUUAGUCAAUAUGUCAUACCUGCUGACUCACAAUCAUCCUCUACAUAAAAAAAACUGAUCUAUCCUGUAUACACACCCACACACGCAUUCUCUAUUGAAUCCUACCAAAUUGUUAUUGUUUAUUUUUGAAUUAAUAUUUUACAUUUGAAUUUGUAGUUAUCUUACAAUUUAAAUUCUCCUUAGUUUACACACAUUCCUCUGUUUUAUAUUAUUAUUAUUAUUAUCAAAAGAGAGUUCAUCCAGAGCAAGUGAAAUCACGCUUUUCUAUUUUGCAACAAUUCAUUGUUCUUUUCUUGUUUUCCUGUAUUUGAGAUUGAAACUUUUGUAAUCCUCUUACUUUUGUAUUUGUUAUUGACAAGCUGUUUCGAUUAUUAUUAUUAUUACCAAAUAUAUAGACUCCAAUUACCG